AUGUGCGCGUCUAGCUGUUCUAAUCACCGCACGAGACGAUCGUCACAACAUUGGACAGCACUGUUACGGUUGCUGGCGGUGCUCGCAAGCCUUCCAGCUCCUGGACAUGUGUUGCUUGCCGAGGCUAGCGUAUCCUGCAAUGCCAUUGCACGGUGGCCCGCACUAGAUUAUAAAUCCGACCGCGCAUUCUACCCGCUGAUGGUGUCCUUCUCGCGCUACCCAUUCCACGACGUGUACGAAGCGAAUCCGGGAAUUUUACCAUCGAUCAAACACGCCGUAAUAACGGCCCCCGUUCCUGGUGCUGGUCGGGCGGCAUUGCCCAAGGCACGGAAGAAUUUCUUCUCGCCCGCUGCUGAACAGCAACACCGGAACUGGCGACACCAGGGACAGUUGCGGAUACCGACCAAGAACGUGUGCCAGGGUUUGAUCUAUCUGCCGCAGGAGCUGCACGAAUCCGGUCGUAGGAAAUUCCCGCUGAAGAUGCGCAAACUUCUGAAGUACUGCGGGUUUAUUUAG